CCAUAAACACACCUAAUAAAAAAUCUGUCAAAGAUUGUUAGGUUAGGUCUAACCUACGAUAUUUUAAAUAUGUUUUUUAAAUGUUUCUAAGAUGUUUCUAAUGAUAUCUAAAAAUGUAUACUUAAAACCGUUUUAAGUAGAUACUUACACUGAGGUUGGAAUUUAUAUUUCACCUUGUUAUCGUAGCCAUAUUAUAAUUAAGUUUUCAUAAUAGUACAACCCUUAACAAUCAAACAAACCCCCGAGCCUGCGUAGAAAACGAACAAGGGUAUAAAAGUUACAGUUAAAGUUUAUUUAAAAUUGAAUUUUAGGAAUGGCAACAUUAUCAGAGGAAUUUCAAAAAAGUUGGCUAACAUCCAUCGUAGGUUUUUUAGUGUUCUGCGGAGGUGUUUAUCUCCUAGUGUGGAAUGAGGGAAGGGCUAUUCAUCAUCAUCUUUCUUUGGAAGAGACAUAUAAUAAUGCGAUAACAUUAAACCCUCACGAUAGACUAGACCCAACAUACAAUGGAAGGGUUGUUUAUAUCACAGGGGAUUUAGUUGUAAACGAACCAUUAACAGAACCAGACUAUGGAAUUUCAGUACAAGCAGUUAAACUUAGAAGAAGAGUUCAAAUGUAUCAGUGGAUAGAAGAUAAAAGUUCUGGAGAUGAUCAAUCAAAUUAUUAUUAUGUUACGGAAUGGAGAGACAAACUUGUUGACAGUAGUAGUUUCUACAUAAGACAUGGGCAUGAAAAUCCAACAAAGAUGCCACUGGAGAGUGUAACAUAUAUUUCACCUUAUGUUAGAGUUGGGCCUUUAUUAUUAAGUAGAGAAGUAAAAGGUAAAUUUUCAGAUUUUACUGAAGUUACCAGUGAUGAAAGGCCCGAUAGAAAUGAUAUUAAGCUGCAUUUAGGAAUUUACUAUCACUGUAGGGAUGUAUGGAAUCCCGAAGUUGGUGAUAUAAGGGUUCAGUUUUACUAUGCUGGCCAAGCUGGAGAACCUGUAACAAUUAUAGCUAAACAAGAAGACGAAAGUCUAGUACCUUAUGUAACAACUAAAGGAAAAGAAAUUGCACUAGUCAGAUAUGGAAAUUUAAAUCCAGAUGAUAUGUUGAAAGCGGAAUUUUUCGACGCAAAAAUUGAAACCUGGAAACUGCGAUUUUUCGGUUCCUGUUUUGUAUAUUUUGCCACCAUUUGUUUGGCCAAACUUCUGAAAAUAUUAUUUGAUAAAAUCCCAUAUCUCAGAAAUACAAUUUCUGGAGGAGUAGAUUUUAAGAACUUUUUUGUUGCUGGUUCAAUAUCCUUGUUUAUCAUUGCUAUGGCGUGGAUGCUGUAUCGGCCUAUAGUUGCAGCAGGUCUAUUAUUUACUGCUGUAAUACCGUAUUUAUAAUGUACAAGAAAAUUGAUUUGUUUUUUAAAAAUCUUGUGUUAUGAGUCCUGUUAUUGUGUGAUAUUUGUAGCUUUAAUUUUUGUUAUGUUUUUUAUGUUGAUGUUAUUAUCUAUUGCCUUUUAACUCUUAAGAGUCCAGUUAUCUAUUAGCAUAAUACUAUAUGAUUAAAAAGUUUUAUAGUC